AUGGAGGAACGCGGCGAUGCCGAGCAGACCGCAGGCUGCAGCAGUCUGGGCCCGGGCGGCGUUCGCAGUGGCAGCGGCGCUCCCUCGUGGGCCCCUGAGGACGCCUGGAUGGGCACCCACCCUAAGUACUUAGAAAUGAUGGAAUUAGAUAUAGGAGAUGCCACCCAAGUCUAUAUAGCAUUCUUGGUUUACCUGGACCUCAUGGAGAGUAAAAGUUGGCAUGAAGUAAACUGUGUGGGAUUACCAGAACUCCAGCUCAUCUGCCUUGUUGGUACAGAGCUAGAAGGGGAAGGGUUACAGACUGUGGUACCUAUACCCAUCACUGCUUCCCUCAGCCAUAACAGGAUAAGGGAGAUCUUGAAGGCAUCUUGAAAAUUGCAAAGUGAUCCAGAUUUGCCAAUGUCUUUUACUUUGGCCAUUGUGGAAUCUGAUUCUACAAUAGUCUAUUAUAAACUUACAGAUGGAUUUAUGCUGCCACACCCUCAGAAUAUUUCCCUUAGAAGAUGACAUCUAUGCUUCCUGAUGCUUAUUUUAUUCGUUCAAGAUUGAAUUUGAGACCUGUCAGCCUGCUUCAUCUUUUAUCUCAGAGGUAGUCAGGGUUGAC